UACAAACCUCACAUGUAAUUUUAUUUUAUUUUAAUUUUGAACUUUUCAAGUCCGUGUAAUGCGUUAAAACGACGAACAAUAGACCUUCUCCAGAGCUCCGUUACAGUUACAGACCCUUCGGAAGAGGCGAAGAAGCCAUGAUCAGCGUUCUUGCUCAGGAGCGUCUACUUGGCGCCGCACUGGGAAGUGUGUUCACGGGGAUCGUUGUGUUGGAGCAACGCAGACGCAUCUACAAAUCAAUUUCAGACACCCAAUCUCAAUUCACUACUCAUUCUCAGAUGGGAGAGCCUAUUUUUGAAAAGAGAUCUUGUUUGGACAUUGCACACUUGUGGAACAAAGCUGUAGACCAGACAUUGGGACCAGUAAUCGAGUCCCUUAGCUCACGUGGGUGGUAGAAAUGUUCAAGAGUAAAACUACUACUGAUGUAUGUAUGUGUUCCUGUCCAUUUCUGAAUUUUUUAAGUGCAAUGGGUUGUACCCAAAUGUAUCUUUCUACUUCUGAUCUGAUUUAUAUAACGUAUUUGUGAGCUUUGUUAGAAAUUAACCAUUUCACUGUUGAUGUUUCAUUUAAGACCGUUUGAGUAAAGAUUUUGAUUCGUUGGACCAAAAGCAAUCGUAUAUGUUCUAGUAAUUCUAGACUUUGAUAACAUACGAAACUUACAUUUUAUAUUUUUAGAUGUAUAUAUAAAUGCCACAUAAUAUUCCUAGUA